CUCUCUCGCCCUAUCUUGAACUAUAACUUUUAACGACGGAAGGCGAAAUGUUUGCAGAACUUUGAAACAUUUACUUUGAUGAAUCAAUCAAACUUUUAUAAGCAAAUAUUAUGCUGUCUCGGAGUACAGUAAAACAGAGUACACAUGAAAAACUCUUUUUUUUUAUUUUAUAGAAAACAUGAAAGAGUUCCAUUUUAUCGACUUCUACUUGGAGAAAAUUGAUUGCCGUAUUUCAGUUCUCUUUGGCUCCAGGUUUUUUCUUUAAAGAUCGUGUGAGAAACCACAAUUAUUGUUCUUGUGCAAGCAGAACCUGCCCACGUCGUGUUGCCCAAACAGAGCGCAAGCUUUCGAUGUGUUUUUCUUUCCUCGGAACCGGCCUCUACAGCAGAUUGCAAAACUAUAAAUUGCCCAUUAGCUCUCUGUGUUGACUCGGGCCAGAUACAGAGAGAGGGGGAGGGGGGAGGAAGAGAAACGCCCCUUUAGUCUGUCCUCGUAUUCAUCGAUACAAUCCGACGAUGACCAAGACGGCCCACGAACGACCAAUGAGACGGCGAGGAAUGGAAACACGCUCCAGCAAAGAGCAAGCAUGGCGCUGACGUUCGAAAUCGAUACAAACCGCGGCGGUCGCCCAUCUGUAUCGACAAGCGACAAGGGGGCGGGGCGAAGGCGGGGCUUACAAGCGAUGGUGACAGUCGCAACAGCUCCGCUCCCCUUUUCCUUUCGCCCGCGAAAUAAAAAAGCGCCGGAGGUCUCCUUUACAGUAUUAUUUUGUGUGUAUAGUUUGGCGUUCGGCACUCUCUCAGACUUCGAUGAGAAGGACAAACCGAGAAGGUUCCUGGAUCUUGUUGCGUCUCACCGCCAGCUACUCCAGAAGCUCUGUGUUUACCCCGUAACUCGGCGAUCCCGCCACGGUUCAAACAGAACUCAGAACCUGAAGACACUACAAGGGGUGAACGCCUGGCUUUUAUUCAAUGGAAUCAAUUGAACAAGGAGAGGGAAAGUGAAAUACUAAUCCGUAAGACUAUUUCAAAGUGUCAUGCGGUGGCAAUAAAAGUUGUGAGGUCGCGAGGAAAUCUUUAUCAUCAACAAACAACGUGUGUUUAUGCAAGCUGCGCUAUCUCUUCAGAUCUUUCUGACGUAGUGCUGUUCUGGAACCAAACAUCUACGGUUACAUAGAACGGGGAAAAUACGCGUGUACAUUGCGUAAAUGAGCUGGGCGUACGCCGAUCUAUAUGACAGUUCUAUCUUCAGUAUGAUGUGUUUGCCGCGGACGCUCUCAACUGUGCUCUCAUGUUCAAGAAGCGGACGAUGAUAAAGCAUUUCCGUAAGUUUUUGUAGUUUUCAUAUCACUCCCAAACUAUACCACUUUGGUUUUCCCGCUAUAAAUGUACAUUGCUAUGGUGAUGACGAAUUUCUGAGCAAUUCUAUAUUUAGAAAAAGGAAGUACGGGUACACACCGAAUCCACAAUAACUUCAUUUUCCUGCACUUAAAAGGAAAGAGAACUAAGCUUUUUUCUUUCAAGAGUUCUGAUCUUUCUGUGGAAAACACCAUGUCAUCUUCUGACGAGGAGAAGAGCCGCAACGAGGGAGGUAUGACCACCCCAGGUUCUGGGGGAGGUGGUGUGGACAUGUCUUCAGGAUCCCUGUUCAUGAGAGCCUCAGAUCGUUAUCCCCGCACGCCAAAGUGCGCUAGAUGCCGCAAUCACGGCGUGGUCUCCGCUCUGAAGGGUCACAAGCGUUACUGCCGCUGGAGAGACUGCGUCUGCGCCAAAUGCACGCUCAUCGCCGAGAGACAAAGGGUAAUGGCGGCCCAGGUGGCACUCAGGCGACAGCAGGCACAGGAAGAGAACGAAGCAAGGGAGCUGGGACUUCUCUACGGGCCCAACGGACUCUUACAGAUGAACCCAGAGACGGUGGACUUUUUCCCGGAGGCGAAGACAUUUCUUCACCAGCCACAGCAGCCCCCUCGCAUGUCUCACCAGCCCCCAGUAGGUUCUGGGAGUGCAAACCUGACAUCUUCGGGUCGGACUGCAAGUCCGAGAGAUUCUCACUCACCAGGCCCGGUGUCUGCAGACAAUGGUUUGGUCAGUCUCAGCCCAGGGGAGAGGCACCCAAUGCCAGACGGUGGGCCAAACUCCGAGGCAGGAGCGAGGUCUCCAGGGUACCCGAGUCGGGUGCUGCAACAAGACACGAGCGAGCCUAGUGCUGCCAAGCGAGCCCGCAAAGACACAGACAGUGAGGAUCGGCUCAGCUCCAGCCCCGCCUCCCUCACCGCUCGGGACACGCCCAACUCAACGGGAAGCCAAGACUCGCCCCGCCCCUGCAGCACACCCACAACUCACGGACCCAACUGUUCCUCUCCAAUUCACGCCAGGGGUCACGACAGCUCCCCUACCCUCCGCUCCCCUCCCCUGACCCCAGGUUCGGCCCCUGUCCCCAUUGUCCCUACCACAAGCUACGUGGCCACCCCCGGUGUCCCCACAGCGCCACCACCAGUGUCAGGGCUCAUGACAAAAAACGACGCGUUGACGCAACAGCAGCACGCUAUGGCAUCUCUAGAAGAAACCAUGAUGGCUGCCGCGACGGCUGGCGGCAUGGGGCGGCGAUCUCCACUGGACAUGCUUUGCCGCGUGUUCCCUCACAUGAAGCGUUCAGUUCUACAGCUCAUACUACAAGGCUGCCACAACGACAUGGUUCAGGCGAUCGAGCAGGUACUCAACAACCACAACGUCAAUGCUGGCAGCGACGCAGGCGGCAACUUGACGCGAGGCGGGGGCGGCGGCAAUGGCGACGGUCAGACCAUCAGCAACGUCGUGACUUCCUCAACCUCUGUGGCCGCCGCCGCCGCUGCCGCUGCGACAUUACCUCUGACCGGAGUCGGCGUUGGAGCAGCGUUUGGCGCUCUUGCUAUGGGGCAAGCCGGACUUCCAAACUCGGCGUUUUUCCCUCCAUCUUACAUCCCUCCCUCUCUUACAUCAUCCACUUUUAAGUCAGCCUUCUCACCCAUCAGCGCUCCUCCAACCGCCCACCUAAACUCAAUCAGAUACUCAUACGGAAACGCACCCGGCACGCGCGGAGGAAGUAUGGCGGCAGCCGCCGCGCUCGCUCUCCCGUACCCACCUCUGUUGCCCAGCCUCGCUUUGAGUUCCGGCUACGGCUACGGGGGUCUCAGCCAUAGCAACAAGGCGCUCCACUACGCCAUUGGCUGUUCCUGCUGUCCAAGCAAACCCUACUCAGCGCAAACCGGCGAGAAGACUGCCGGCUGCAUAGGGGACUGAGAAAUUUAACAAAACAAUAAGGCUAUUAAGAUGCAAAAUGAACUGCAUCUCGAUUUCAAUAUGAGGUGAGAAUUUUCUAGCCUCAUUCAAUUUGGACCCCAAACUUGUCACCGACCUCUCCCAAAACCCUCACAAGGACAUGCCAGUGUACUGUGGUAAAACUCUUGACCACAGAGCGAGUGACACGGGGACAGUUCCAAAGGAAGUGUUCAUGAAACUUCUUGGUUUUGAGAGCUUUUCUAUCUCACCACCCAGUCAUAUUGCAGAUGGACGCUAACUAAGAGGUCCUCCUCUUUCACGACCAAUCUUGAGUUGUAAAAGGUGUGGGAGCUAAUAACCACGUUCCAACUGAGGACUUCGACAUUCCUCGAUACGACAGACUCCGAGGCUGCAAUUGAACACAUUAUAAAUAGUACAAAAAAUGCUCAGUUCAGUUUGUGUCUGAGAAGAAGAUCGUAAAAAAGAAGCGAAAGACACUUGAACCAAUGAACUCCGUAGCAUUUAAUGGUCUGAAAUGGUGGGGAUACUCUUCCCUUAAAGACAAAUGUCUACUGAUUGGGUUUUGUCUAGAGAUGUGCUGUUUGUGGAGCAUGACGUGUUCACUUUUUUUUCAAUCUUUUGUGCGCAAGGGCGAUGUUACAUGUAGCUAGGUAGAUACCACGCUGGACUACAAUGCAUGCCUUGAACAGAGCAUACAAUUUCUUUAAUAAGUUGGCUCUGUAUCCCUGAAUAACAUCUCUCAGAUUAACCCAACAGUUCGCAAGACAAGCUCUUAAUGACACCAUACUACACACCCUUCUUCUGCCACACUUCCCUUACCCCCCCCCCCCCGAGUUUUGGCUCUUGAAUCUCUCUCAGCGCCUUAUUUGGGUGAACAAAAUCAUGCAAACAGAUCUCUUUGCUUCAGUGCGAAUAGCAACGCAGCAAGCCCCGAGACGCUGAGCAUAACACGAGGUGUUUGGAGGAAGAAGCAUAAAAGAAUAAUAAUAUACCUCCAUGAAGAUGGUAUCAACUAUGACAUUGACGCGUCUUCUGAACACGCCAUUCAUAUUUUUUUUUUGAAUCAAAGAUUUGUGAAAUCCGACAAAUUAAUAUGUAAAGUUCUCAAACUUUGCAAGGAUCUUCUAUACGUUUGUUCUUACUUUGCACACUGUCACAUGACAUUAAAAGACAGGUAACACUAAAACUGGUAAUCCAGGUUUAAAUCCAUGGGGAAAUAGUCCUGACCCUAUGUCCGUGUCGAUAUCUGUUUUUUUAAAAUGUCUCUUGUUCCCUUCGUUUGGAAGUGGACAUUAGUUAGUUAGACGUCAUUCGAAUAGACCCAUAUGUGUUAAAAGCGGAGUAAAACUAAACGAGAAUAAGCAAAAUCCUUUGCGUCCACUAGGGAAUUAGAGCAUUGAGUGAUGUGCACAGUUAUAAUGACAUUGUGUGAUAAUGAAUUACCUUUCUUUACCUGAGUUGUUAUUAAUAUGUUGUUCAAUUUCUGAUACAUCCACCCAACCCAUUUAUCCAAAACCCUGUCGUUAUGUUUAUCUUUCUUGUGACAGUAAUGUCCACAACACUCUAAAUUCAAAUAUUGGACGUUAUCUAUAACCCAACUGGUCUUGACUGCCUACGUUGAUCAGGAACGCCGAUAUUGAGUCAGUUUUUCUUCACAUUUGUCUCGAUAUAAACGUUUUUUCCCACUUAUUGAAGUAUCUAUAUCAUUGUUGUUAUGAAGCAUUUCUCAUUGCCUCUGACACUCAGCCUACCCAGAUCCCUCUGCCGCCCCCUCUACUCCCUUCCUCCGUCCUUUUGUUUUCAUCAUCAUCAUCAUCAUCAUCAUCAUCAUCAUCAUCAUCAUCAUCAUCAUCAUCAUCAUCAUCAUCAUCAUCAUCAUCAUUAUAUAUAUGAUUUGGCCUUGGGUGUGCUCGCUCACAGCCAUCACUAUAAAAACCACCACAAUUCACCACUCUCAUAUCACUGCACAACACAACAAUUAUUGCAUCCUGAAUUCAGAUAUGCGUUAAUCUGUUCAUGUAUUCUUGUGUAAAUCUGGAUAAUUAAUUGUUUUUCCGCAGUCCCCUUACAUUCUGUUCUCUGUACAAAACAAACAAGCAUUCAUUUUUUUCCUUAUUCCAACUAGGUGUCGUUUUUGCUUAUUCGACGGGGUAUGAUAUUUGAAAUAAAUCGACAAUUAAUUCAUCAAA